AUGGGUGAUUCUAGUGAAGAUGAUUCGGAACAAGACAUUAAUCAGAGUGGCAAGACCAAAGAUUUGGUCCACAAAUGUCACUCUGAUCCGGGAAAAAUUGUUUCCAAUCGAAAUGUUUCCAAUCGAACACUUCGCUAUCCUUUGGCUACAAGCGGUGCUACUAGAAAAUGUGUUUUGACAUUAGAUGGAUAUUCUUAUGUUAUUGGUAAGAGAAUUAAAUAA